AUGGCUUCUGCAGAUGUUGAGUACAGAUGCUUUGUAGGUGGACUGGCAUGGUCCACUAGCAACGAGUCACUAGAGCAGGCUUUCUCUCAGUACGGCGUAGUCGUCGAUUCCAAGAUCGUAAAUGACCGUGAGACCGGGAGAUCAAGGGGCUUUGGAUUUGUGACCUUCCAGGAUGAGCAAUCAAUGAGAGAUGCAAUCGAGGGGAUGAAUGGCCAGGACCUUGAUGGCCGUAACAUCACCGUAAACGAGGCUCAGUCCCGCGGCGGUGGAGGCGGAGGUGGAGGCGGUGGAUUCCGUGGCGGACGCCGUGAGGGAGGUUAUGGAGGCGGUGGCGGAGGCGGCGGAGGAUAUGGCCGCCGUGAGGGAGGUUAUGGCGGUGACCGUGGCUAUGGAGGCGGACGUGACCGUGGCUAUGGAGGCGGUGGUCGUGGUGGAUAUGGUGGUGAUGACCGUGGCUACUGA